AUGCUUCGCUCAAACUCAGAAUACUCCCUCCAGGACCUGUCCCUGUCCAACCGAGCAGGCCCUCGUCUCCGCCCUUCUCAGACGCGGGAGCACAGCGACACUGACCGAAACAGCAACGGAGAAGGAUCCGCCGUGCCGCAAACCGGGAAUGAUAGCACCAGCACCAGCGGCGAGAGCAAGAGAAAGAGGAAGACGCGACUGGGGAGGUUCUGGCAGGACUAUGUUAGCUGUGAGGUCGACCUGUCGGCGUCGAGGGAUCAUCUAGCGAACGAGCGGACCUUUCUUGGCUAUCUCCGCACAUCCGUCAUGAUGUCCAUGGUUGGCACCAUGGUAGCCCAGCUCUUCACCCUGCACCACGAGGGGUAUCACGUCCACGGCUUUGGAUAUUUCGUCACCGGCAAGCCCCUAGCAUUGACCUGCUAUGCCUUCUCCAUCGGCACGAUCCUCCUCGGAGCUGUCCGCACCUGGAGACAUCAGCAGAUCAUGAUGAGGGGGAAGGCAUUGGUCGGAGGCUUUGAGAUUCACCUUUUGGGAAUAUUCAGCAUGCUGCUCAUCUUGGUGUUCUUCUCUCUUCUGCUCGGUAUUGAUGUGAGCAAGGAGAGUCAACCUGAACCCACCACAUCUUCUUGA